AUGGCAACGGGAGCAGCAGCUGGAGCUGGAGCAGGAGCAUCGGUGGAGCAGCUGGUGGCCCAGACGCUGCAGGCGGCCACCAAUCCGAGCCACGAGAUCGUCCAGAAGGCGGAGGCGCAGCUGCGCGAGUGGGAGCAGCAGCCGGGCUUCUUUCCCACGAUAGCCAGGCUCAGCAUGCGACGUAGCGGCUGCUCCGGCGAUGCUGACAACGCGCAGGACUCCGAGGUGAAGGUGCGCUGGAUGGCAGCGGUCUAUCUGAAGAACGGUGUGGAGCGCUACUGGCGGCCCGGCUCUCGCCAGGAGCUGCCCGCCGAGCAGAAACAGCAGAUCCGAGAGGUGUUGUUGCGGCACUACGACGCCGAGGAGGUGCCCCAGGUGGCGCUCCAGAUAGCUGUGCUUCUGGGGCGACUGGCGCGUACGGACUACCCACGAUUCUGGCCGGAUCUGCUGCCCACGCUGAUGAAGCAGCUGCAGGCAUGCAGCGCGGACGGAGAAGCGGCCCUGCAACAGCGCAUACUCCUGGUGCUGCACUACGUCCUCAAGGCACUUGCCUCGCGUCGCCUGAUGGCCGAACAGCGGUAUUUUGAGGAACUGGGCUCGCAGAUCUUCGGCUACCUCGCCUGGGAAAUCUGGGCCCCGCUAACGGCUCGCUUCUUCGAGCUGGUCCGCAAAGAGGAGGCCUUGGCCUUGAAUGCUUUGCAGCGUGCCUAUGUGGUAAUGCGAUCCCUGCGCAAGCUGGUGGUCUACGGCUGUAAUAAGCCCUACAAGUCCACCGACCACAUGAACUUCGUGGAGCAGCUGUUCCAGCGACUGCGCCAGUGCCUGGAACUGCGUUACGAGCUGAGGAUGGGCUCCGUCUCGCCCGGAACGGCUGCAAUACUCACAGAACUGGAGCGCUUUGUGCUCAAAAUGAUGAAGACCCUAAACGAGCUGAAGGACCGCCAUUCGGUGUCCUUUGCGAGAUUCGUACCCGUAGCCUUGGAGUUCAGUUUCCACUAUGUGUUCCAUGAGGGCACAGCCCUCAUAUUCGACGCCGGCGACCGCAUCAACUUUGGCAACUUCGCCAUUCAGGCGCUGAAUAUGCUGAAGGGAAUCAUGCUGAGCGGCAACGAUAGCAUCAGUGCCCCGCCCGAGGGAGCGACGGGUGCCUCCAUCGAGGACGAGCUGCUGGCUGGCGCCGCUCAGAGUCAUGCCAAGUUCUUUACGGACGAGAGGAUCACGUACAUUUGCGAAAAGAUCGUGACGCAUUACUUCCUGCUCACGCAGCAGGAGCUUGAAGAGUGGCAGCAGGAUCCGGAGGGCUACGAUCAGGACGACGGCGGUGGCGAUGCCUGGAAAUAUGCCCUGAGGCCCAGCGUGGAGACCCUGUACUUCACUUGCUUCACCCAGCACUCUGCGGUGAUGAUCCAGGAGGUUCUCCGCUUCGUGAGGCGCGCCCAGCAGCUGCAACUCACCCCGGAAUCUGAUCUGAAGGCCAUAUUGCUGAAGGACGCCAUCUACAAUGCCGUGGGACAGGCAGCCUUCCAUUUCUUCAAUAAACUGGACUUUGGCGCCUGGCUGACCUCGCAACUGCUGGCGGAGUUGCGAGUGGAGGCUCCGAAUUUCCGCAUCCUGCGAAGACGUAUCAUCUGGCUCGUGGGCCAUUGGGUGGGCGUUCAGCUACCCCGGGAGCUGCGUCCCCUGGCCUACGAGGCGUGUCUGCAUCUUCUGAGGCCACAAGAGGAUAUGCCCACGAGACUGGCCGCCGCCAGAACACUGAAUCUGCUAAUUGACGACUUUGAAUUCAUGCCGGAGGCCUUUCACCCCUACUUCCCGCCCCUCUUCGAGGCUUUAUUCCUGCUCCUCCACGAGGCUGGUGAAUGCGACACCAAGAUCGUGGUGCUGGGCACUAUGACGCUGCUCGUAGAGAAGAUGAGCGAGUACAUCGAGCCGCAGGCACUGCAGUUCAUCGGCUAUCUGCCACUGCUCUGGCGUGAGAGCGAGGAGUACGACCUGCUGCGAUGUGCCAUCAUUGGCACCCUGGAGCAGCUGGUGCGUACGAUCCGGGAUGUCCCAGAGCCCAUGAAGCCCUUCCUCUACAGCGUCAUCCAGCUGAGCACAGACCUUCAGCAACACUCCCAUGUCUACCUCAUCGAGGACGGGAUCAUGCUCUGGCUGGCUGUAAUCGGAAACUCGACUGCGCUGACCCCCGAGCUGCUUAAGCUGUGCGAUCACCUGCUGCCCAUCAUUGAGAUGUCGUCGGAGAAUCUUCGCACUGUUCUGCAGUUGAUUCACGCUUACAUCCUGCUGGAUGCCCAGGCCUACUUGAGUCGGUAUGGCGAGGGCUUUGUGUCCUACUGCGUGCGCUCCUUCGAGGACAUCCGGGUGGAGGGUAUUAUCGCCAUGCUGAGAAUCUUCGAGACGUGCCUGAAAACGGACGCAACGAUGGGCCUGCGGCUGGUGCGUCCGGCCCUGCCGUUCGUCUUCCAGCAGGUGUACAUCAAGCAGGAUUACCCCAUGACCAUGGGCUGGUACCUGACCAUCGUGGCGCGCACCCUGCUCAUCGACCAGGCCGUGUUCAUGUCCGUGGUGCAGGAGUUACCGCAUGCGGACGCCCUGGCCCGCAUCCUGGACGUGUGGAUCGAGAUGUUUCCCAUGGUUCCGGACACGCACGCCGAGAAGCGAAAGCUCUUCUGUCUGGCCUUUGCCUCCAUCUUUGGUAGCAACGAGUUGCUGCUCGCCCGCCUGCCUCACAUCCUCCAGCUGGUGGACGAGACUCUGGGCGAGGUGAUGGACAAGCAGUACGCCGCUGUUGAAGAGGGUGCCACCAAGACUACACCGAGGUACUACGACUCCCUGGUCAUCCACGAUGAGCACGAGCUGGACGAACUGCAGCAGCAGUUGGGCAGUGAAGACUUCCAUGCCAAGGGCUAUCCGGCAAAGACCUACCACGAUGACCGGAACCGUCAGCUGGUGCUCAAGGAUCCCGUCUACAAGAUACCCCUAACGGAGUACCUCAAGUAUCAGCUGCAGUCGCUGCAGGCGCAGCUGGGAGCCCAGCGGUACGAGCAGGUUAUGUGCUCGGUGGUCCCCGAGGUGCUGGAACGGAUCACCAUGUACAUAGAGCAGACGGUGCCAAAGGCGUGCGUGGUGUGCCCGGGCUCUGGCCCCGGCUCAGGAUCGGGGACGACUGCGGACGAGACGCUAACCGAGCAGAUCGAGUCCGGUUGAUCCCGAACUGCUGUGCUUCAAAAGCUUUUUACGCUAAGUUAUUAAUGUAUUUUGUAUUGAAAUUAUAUAUUUUUAAUUGUUAAACGCA